AUGACGCCCACCAUCCUGUGGCUGAAGCACGGGUUCCUUGCAUACGCCAACCCCCAUCUCUACGUGACCCACCUCGAGUGUGUCGACGGCCAGCAGUGGCGGUUUGCCCCACCACACAAGCUCCACCCGCUGCCGGUUUCCUUGGUGCUGUGGCUGAAUCCAAGCACCGACUUGGUUGUUGCCGACGUCCUGGGCAACUUCUACAUCUAUCUCGCCGGUGUGGGUCUUGUUUCCCGUUCGGAGACCCCCGCUUAUGAGCUUACCAGCUAUAACCACAUCGAGAUGAUCUACCAGGACUUACUGGUAAAACUGCCGCUUGUGGGCUUCCGCUGGUUGAAGAUUGCCAAGCCGCUGAUCAUCAACGGCGCCGCUGUCCGGGACCCGGCGCUGAAACAGUUCUCGUACCUGGUCAAACAGGUGCCGCCGAUCGGCGUGACCCACCCGAUCCCGACGAAACAGGCGUGUAUCACCGUGAGACGCAACGGGAGAAUUACAUUAUACCAUCAGGGGGAACACAAAGUGGAGUACCAUCGCGUCGACUGCGAGCCGCUACCUGAUGUGAUUGACGUUAGCCACGCUCUGAUUGGUUUCCUUAAGGAUAACCGAGUUAUGGUCUCGGUAGUGGACUCACUAACUCAACAAUUGUUUACCUACGCUGUUUCAAUCGAUUGGGGCCACUUGACCCAACUGGCGGCGCGCCAGAAGGAGAACCCCCACUAUAAUACCCCGGAUAAGGAUAAGACUCCCCCAAAGCUUACCGCGACAAAAUUGGCACAAAUGGCUCUUGCCCCGACAUACGUGUUUGACGACGAGCUGGAACAGUGUCGCGAGGGCCAUUUCGCUAACUUACAAGUGCUUAACUGUACUGCCACCCACGAUAUCUCGUUGCUCGUGUGGUACCAGUACGAACACGAAACGCGGUUCCUCCGCUACCAGUUGGUUCCCGAGACUGAACUAGUACUGAGUCUGUUUACUCAGCUCGCUGAACGCAAAGGGAUAACUCCCACAAACCCUGCUAACGCCCAGCGAACAUUACGCCUUGCUGACGAACUAGUGCGCCCAGGUAAGCUUAUCAGGAUCGACGAGAUGGAGCUGCUGAUAGUGUUUGUGUUCGAGGACCGCAUCGACGUGUUCCUGCUCGAAAUGGAGCUUAUUAAUCAUAAACAUUCCACCCCAAAAGAUCCGCUGGCGAUGGACAUUGACCGCCCCGUGGAACCUGAAGUGACGAAGAUCGCUCUGGUAUUCGACGUUGGCUACGAUUUCGCCGAUAUCCCCGCGUCUCCGAUGAUUGUGGUGUCCCCUACGCUACUGUCACACGUUGCCUUCUACGAUAACCACCCGAAAUUGUUCCCCGUCGAACGAAAAUGGGGCCAGCAACUAUCGAAAGAACACGUGUACACGAUGGCGGUGGCCUUCGCUCACUCCCACGCCCAGGCGUGCUAUAUGAACUGCUGUUGUGAUGAUCUUAUUGUGCUUAUAGCGGCUGAAGUGCAACGGCUAGCCGCGGCUAAACCGCAAUUGGCUCAAGAUAUCGUGCUGUUGGUGCUUUCAGAGUCGCAUAAGGCGAUUAACUUUGCGUUAGACACUUUCUCACGGGAGUCAGUGGACAAAUUGAUCUCUAACCCGCCAUUACAAAAGCUUUUAAGCUUGCAAUUACUACUUGGCGAGCUUGUACCGCGGCCCGUGGUCAGUGAUAUUGCUUGGGUGGUGCUCAAUAUGCGCAGUACCAGUUUCGGCAUCAUGUUCUCGUUACUGAGUAUCUACGCUCAAGUGACGAAAAAGAAACCCAUUGACGACCUGCUUGCUGACUCAGUAACUCGGGGAGAACGUAUCAUAUCGCUUAUCGGCUCGGUGAAGUGGUUUAUUGACUUGAUGGUGUACAUCUACCAGGAGCUCUUUCAGCUUCUGAUAUGCCGUAACCAGCCGAAUAUGGACCUGAAAGUGACGAUGGAGAACUCGUUAGCGCUCCCCAUCCUUCUCGCCAAAGUGCCCCGCUUAUUCUUGAUGUACGCGUUGUCAUCAAUCGGCAAGACGAGAGAGAUCUUAAAGAAAUUGCAUAAAGACCUCGCCGAGGCCAAUAAGCUCUACACUCCCAUGAAAGAGGCGUUGAACCGCUACUUCAGCUUGACGCUGCAACUCCCCAUCACGUUCUCGCUGUUUGAAAACUAUUUGAGGGAGUGUGACGCCUACAUCUCCAAGGAGCUCGCCGCUAAAUUACAGGGUAAAGACCCCGGCUACGCCCUCAAAUUGGAGCAAAAGCUUGUCUGUCAGGGUGAGCUUUUACCAGAAAUGCAGGAGAUCGCCCUGGUGCUUCUAGACCGCCACCAAGUGAACUUGAACCGAGACAUGAAGAUUUCAGAGCUCUACUUUUACGAUGUUGACUGGCUCUGCGUCGGUGUAUCACUGCCUCAUCCGCCACGGAGACCGCUUAGAUUGCCGAUUACCACUGAUGCUAACGAGAAGCAGCUGCCAUUUCAGGCUCGCCUUCCCUAUGCGGUGAACGAACACAUUGACGCCUUACGGAAAAUUGUGGUGUCCGAUGGCCCCAAGCUGAGGCUCAGGAAGUGUACCCGGUGUCGCCUGGUGAGUCUCGUUACUGAUCCGUUAGUGUUUGAUGCUCCCCACACUAUUGGCUUGUGGACGAUGGUGUUCCAACGAACCUGUAUCUGCGGCAACCUGUGGGUCAACAUCGGUAAUUAA